AUGGCAUGGUUCUCCCGUCCAGGUAGACCGUGCGAUGCAUGCCGCAAGAGAAAGAUAAGGUGUUUGGUGUCGGAUUCAGCUCGCGACUGUGUCCUAUGUCGGUCGCACGGGCAGCAAUGCACCUUCCUCGAGGCGCCUCCCAAAAAGAAACGGAAGCAGACCGAUGUGGUAUCCCCGGAGGAGGCUGCCGUCGCCUCAAUCUCGCCGGCAGAGACCCAGCAAGAACAACCUCACGAUUACUCGAAUUGUCCAGAGGCGUCUUUGCUGAGCCAGACGCUUGGCCAUCAGCACUUCCGCACGAACUCAUACAUUGGCGCUACGUCUUCUCCUAGCCGCUUACUGCUUGAACUUCCGAGUACUUCUCAGCCGGGCAGAUAUCGAGCGUCUGUCUCUGGCUCUGAGGUUCGACGCGUCGGCCAGGACGGCUAUUUCCUGAUGCUGCCAGACGACCAAGAUGCCAUCAAAGAGCAACUUGAGGUCCUCGACAAGAUCGAGGCUGCUAUAUCACCAUACGGCCCAGCUCUGGUCGAAUUGUACUUCCGCAUCGUACACCCUAGCUUCCCGAUCCUUCACAAAGACGUUUUCCUAGUGAAGUACGGCCGCUCGUAUCGGGAACUUACGCCGGCAUGUUUGGCCGCCGUUUACAUGUUGGCGCUGAACUGGUGGUCCUAUAGCGUUGACCUUGCUGAUUCCGUGAAGCCUGAUAUCUCGGACCUCGAGCAGCUUGUUCCAGGCCUCAUAGCUUUCGAUAAGGCCGCAAAAGUGUCCGAUAUCCAGGCUGGCUUGCUGUUCCUGCAGCGACCCAGACACGAUUCUUGGAGAUUGACUGCUCAACUAGUUGCUACUGCCGAAGAAGUCGGUCUGCACCGCGAUUGCACCGAUUGGGAAAUUCCUGGCUGGGAGAAGGGCGUCCGCAAACGCCUCGCCUGGGCUCUCUUCAUGCAGGACAAGUGGGGAGCUCUCGUGCAUGGACGUCCCUCACACAUCAAGGCGGAUAACUGGGAAGUCUUUCCCCUCGAACACGACGACUUCCCAGAGAAUGUUGAAGAGGAUCACGUCGAACAGGGGAGUUCCGAGGUAGAGAAAGGCAUUCUGAUCUUUAUUCAUCUCUCAACACUGACACAAAUACUGUCCAACGUCAUCGAUGAACUGUUCACCGUGGAAGCCAGCAAAAGACAUGGCAGUACGGUCGCUCUGCUGCAGACAGUGAAGCCAAUCCAACUACGACUGAAAUCUUGGUAUAACAAUCUUCCUUCAUGUUUAGAACUCGACACUACAACCUCAAGAAAACUGUCGGCCACAGGUCAACUUUAUCUUGCCUAUCUGACCGUGGAGGUGACACUUCACCGAGCGAUUGUUGAGUCAGAGAUGAAGAAACCUCUAGAUGCUGGUUUGCGACAGAUUACACGAGAAGCUGCGAUCAUGAGAUUCAAGUCCGUUGUCGACUUUCUGAAGCGGCUGAAGCCGGAACAUAUGCAAGGAUUCUGGCAUUUCGCAUCGGGGUCUUGCCUGGCUAUCAUCGGCACGUUCUCGUUGGUGCUUCUGGCGACAAGCACUGAUCCAAACGAGUCACGAGCCAUCUAUUCUCAAAUAGCCGAGUUUCGAUGGCUGCUUAAGAUCAAUGGACCCGGUGCUGGCUUCACCAAACCUGCGGUGGAUCUCCUCCAAUCGAACGCGGGUUUUCUCGCAAGAUAUCGCCCUCAAGGUCCUACCAAGGUCAUCCCUGGUAAUAUUCAAGGUCGAGCCAAUCGUCCCGCGGGUCAGACACAGUCGAAAACACUGUCAAAUACUGGAAGCCAGGAUGAGGUUGACGGCAACAUAGCUAAUACGCAAGCCUUUGAGAAUAUUUCCGAAGACCUACACGCCUCACCCUCAGGUAUCGGCUUUAGCCCAGGCCAGGCGUGGCUCUAUGACUUCGAUGAUCUUGUCUCCCAGGUCUGUUCUACAUAG